UCUUACGUUCCCAACUUGACAUACUGCGGUCACACUUUGAUCGUAGCACGUGGAAAACAACUGUGGGAAGCAUCGUGCGUGGAUAAAAUAUAUAAUUUGUAUAAAAUCGGCAUAUAUUCGGCAUAGUCAUGUCGAACCUGUAUGUGCUGUACGAACAUGCGGCGGGCUUCUCGCUCUUCUCCGUUAAGGAGUUCGAGGAGGUGUCCAUGUUUCUGCCCCAGGUUGAGUCCUCGGUGACAGACCUAGCCAAGUUCAAUUCGAUUGUGAAGCUGGCUGGAUUCGCGCCCUUUAAGACGGCCAUCGCCGCCCUAGAGAACAUCAAUGCCAUUUCCGAAGGCAUUGUGCCGCAGGAUCUGCUUACUUUUCUCGAUGACUUCUUUGCAAAACUGAAGAAGAAGAAGUGCACACUGGGCAUCGCGGAUGCUAAGCUGGGAGCUGCCAUCACCGAGGCGAUUGGCGUCCAAUGCAGCCACUUUGGAGUAGUGCCCGAGAUCCUGCGCGGCGUUCGCUUUCAUUUUGCCAAGUUGGUCAAGGGAUUUACGGAUAAGUCAGCGGGCGUUGCUCAGCUGGGUCUGGGCCACAGCUACUCGCGUGCCAAGGUCAAGUUCAAUGUUCACCGUUCCGACAACAUGAUCAUCCAGUCGAUCGCUCUGCUGGAUCAGCUGGACAAGGAUGUGAACACAUUCUCCAUGCGCAUACGCGAGUGGUACUCGUACCACUUCCCAGAGCUGGUGAAAAUCGUUCCCGACAAUUACAUGUUCGCCAAGGCGGCCAAGUUCAUCAAGGACCGCAAGAACCUCACGCAGGAACAGCUGGAGGAUUUGGAGAAGAUCGUUAUGGACUCGGCCAAGGCGCAGGCCAUCAUCGAUGCUGCUAAGAUGUCUAUGGGCAUGGACAUCUCUAUUGUGGAUUUGAUGAAUAUUGAGUUGUUCGCCGAGCGCGUUGUGAAGCUCUCCGAGUACCGAAAGAAGCUGUCCACCUACUUGCACAACAAGAUGAACCUGGUGGCGCCCAAUUUGCAGUCCUUAAUUGGCGACCAGGUCGGAGCUCGCCUGAUUUCGCAUGCCGGCAGUUUGACCAAUCUGGCCAAGUACCCCGCCUCUACGGUACAAAUUCUGGGUGCUGAGAAGGCGCUGUUCCGCGCCCUCAAGACCCGUUCCAAUACGCCCAAGUACGGUCUUAUCUACCACUCCUCGUUCAUCGGACGUGCUGGCCUGAAAAACAAGGGUCGCAUCUCCCGCUUCUUGGCUAACAAGUGCUCCAUUGCCUCCCGUAUCGAUUGCUUUUUGGAGCAGCCGACCAGCGUGUUUGGUGACACUCUGAAGCAGCAGGUCGAGGACCGUCUCAAGUUCUACGAAUCCGGUAAUGUGCCCCGGAAGAACAUUGAGGUCAUGAAGGAAGCCAUUGAAGCCGCUGGCCAGGAGGCGGCAGCCACUCCUCAGUCGGAGAAAAAGAAGAAGAAGAAGAAGCGAUCAGGGGAAGAUGAGGCCGAGGCCAAUGGAGCCAGCAAUGGAAACGGAGCCGCUGCCGAGGAUGAAAAUGGCAAUGGGAAUGACAGUGGGGAGCCAAAGAAGAAGAAGAAAAAGAAGAACAAAAACAAGGAAGCCGUGGUGGCGUAAUUGUCUCCAUUACAUUCAGCUUAGUUUUAAGUUCAAAUCUACCUUUUACUUUGAUGCUUCUUUUGUAUUUUCUUGACCCCAAUGGAUCCUACUUCUAUUUUAAUAAACACACUUUGGAGGAUAUUCCCCAGAA